GGAUUACCUAUUUUGCAUAUAAUGCAAGGAUCAUGAAAUAUGAAAGAUUUGCAGAAUCCUUCGUUAACUUUAUUAGAAGAUUCCUAUUUCAUUCAGCUUUUGUACUUAUUAUUCCCUUGCUUUUCAUUAAUGCACUCGAAUUGCAACAUCUUAAAUACUUAAACGAUCAUAAUUACUCUAAAAUUAUUAGACAAAUUGAUCAAUUACCAAAUGAAUAAAGAGAAUCCAUAACUGCAUAUCUUAAUAAUGAAUUCUCAAUCCAAUAUAAAAUUUUGUUUUUGAUUCCAUUACUAUUCGUUGUCAAGGAAUUCUAAGAAAUAUACGAUAAAGAAUUUGAGGACACAUAAAAAACCUAACUUGCUACAAGUAAUAACGUUCCUCCUCCUCCAAUUUUACAACCCAAAGUCAUCUCAGAAUAUGUUCCUGAAAAAAGUGAAGAGGUCCUGCGGAUUGAAAGUUAUUAUAGAAACCAAAAUCAGUUUGAUUAAAUUAAAAAUAGUGAAGAAGUUAAGAAUAGCAAUAGUGAUAGCAAUAGUAAAUUUAACUAAUCAGAUUUGCUCAAUAAAUUAUAAUUUGUAAUUCAUUCUGUUAUUUUAGACUAUAGAUAGCAAAUAACAUUAAGUAUUUUAGUCAGAGUAUAGCAACAAAUAAUUAGCUAGAGCCAGGCAUUUAGGCGGAGAACCUGAUUAGAAUAAUGAAUCUCCAUAAUUUAAACCCGCCAGAACUCAAACCGUUAAAGAUUUUUCAUUCACAUAGCAUACACAAAAUACUCAAAAUAAAGUUGAUAAUCAAAUCACUGCUAAGAUAUAUCUAGUCUUGAGUGAAAUUGCAAUACUAAAAUUGAGUUUUGGAUACCUUGUUGGUGUUUAAGAAAGAAUUUCAAUUGCAGUGCUCAUUAUUGCCUUAUCAUCACUAUUAGAAAUUAUUUUGUUUAGUGAUUGGAUGCUAUUCAGUAAUCUUAUUUAUAUAUUCAAGUCACUAAACCUUCAAUGGUUACAUAUUUGAUGCUACUCUAUAUACUAUUCGUUAUAUCUAUGCUUAUUGGAAUGUACGCUUACUAAAUUUUAAUCAAAGUUUGUUAUUGCCUUCUAUUGAUGUAUAGUUUAAGAUCCUUUUAAAAAUUAUCAGAAGCUUAAACCAUUAAAUCAGCUUUAAUCUAAUCGGGAAUUUCUCUAUUUAUUUUGAUAAUCAUUAAAUUUAUGUUUUAUAUAUGGUGA